UCUUAAUAAUGACAUCGAUCAUAAAAUAUUUUGAUCUGUUUAGAAGCUUUCAUAUAUCCAUAAUUCUUUUGCUGAGCGGAAAUUUGAAUAUUAUUAACAAAUAAUGGCAAAGUAAGGGGAAGUUGGAGGUUGUUGUUACUAAUCGACUGACAUGUAGUUGAGCUUAGACCUUAGAGGGUAGCUUGAUUCUCCUGAGGCUUUUCGUUUGAAUACUUAAUUAUAUUUAGCAUAAAGAAAGUGGAGGAUUGGAUUCAAAAUAAGCUGGUAGAAUUAAUGGUUUAGUUAGGCAACUCGUAUUGUUGGAUGAUAGAAUUUGUAUAAUUGUUUUGUUGUUCUUGACAGUUUAUGGUGCAGCUUACUUGGAUAGAUAAAAAGACAGAGCUGAUCAUGAGUGAGAAGGAGGAUCACUCUGUUUCUCAAAAGAACAAAAUGAAGAUGCCAGAAAGACAUAAGCAUAUUCCAAGUAGAGAUGUCGUGCCUGGGAGUGAUCUUUGGACAGAUGGGCUUAUUUGUGCUUUUGAAUUUAUUCGAGGCCAUAAGAAACCAAUGAACUCAAAAUACAGUUCAAGGGUCCAAAGCAAACGAUUAGAUGACGAAUCUUUAAAGGUGCAAAUGCCAGCCAAUGGACUAACUGAGGGUUCUUCUCCACGACUGGAUGGACAGAAACUAAUGAAGUCCUCUUCCAGUUAUGAAUUAAGGGAUAAUGUGGCUGCUUCUUUUGACGAAUACAGAGAUGGCCCGAACCUCCAAUCAGGCCAGUUUCAUGCUAUGGAAAGAUUUGAUGGAAGUUGUUGGGUACCUAUUGGUUGGGAAAGAAUAUCAGAACUUGUCAAAAAUGUGCAAGUCAAUGCAGGAUGGGCUUCACAGCAGUUUGAGUUGAUGGAUAACGAAGACGAUUUAACUGUUGCAGAGUUAGCAGCUCCCUAUUGGGAGCGCCCAGCAGGGCCAAUAUGGUGGUGCCAUUUGGCUGCUGGUCACCCCCAUGUUGUGGCUUGGCUCAACAAUGCUCAAUGGUUACAUCCUGCCGUCAGUCUAGCUUUGAGAGAUGAAAGCAGACUGAUAAGUGAGCGGAUGAAGCACCUUCUAUAUGAGGUCCCGGUUAGGGUGGCUGGAGGGCUGUUAUUUGAGCUAUUGGGACAAUCAGCUGGAGAUCCAUUUGUUGAGGAAGAUGACAUCCCUAUUGUACUCCGGUCAUGGCAAGCACAAAAUUUCCUCCUAACUGUACUGCACAUAAAAGGGACUGUAUCUAGCGUAAAUGUUCUGGGAAUAACAGAAGUUCAGGAGCUUCUUGCUGCUGGAGGUCAUAAUGUGCCUAGAACAGUGCAUGAAGUCAUAGCAUAUCUAGCUUGCCGCCUUACACGGUGGGAUGACAGGUUGUUCCGUAAAUCCAUCUUUGGUGCAGCAGAUGAGAUUGAAUUGAAGUUUAUGAACAGUUUUCUUGCGAAUAGGAGAAACCAGGAGGAUUUGAAUCUUUUUGGAGUAAUUUUGAACCAAGAAAUCAGAAGAUUGUCAAGGCAGGUUAUCAGAGUGAAAUGGUCACUCCACGCAAGAGAGGAGAUUGUUUUUGAGCUUCUACAACAUUUGAGGGGGAAUGCAACAAGAACCCUGCUGGACGGAAUAAGAAAGAGCACAAGGGAAAUGAUUGAGGAGCAAGAAGCAGUCCGUGGCCGUUUGUUUACGAUUCAAGAUGUUAUGCAAAGCACUGUUCGUGCAUGGUUGCAGGACAGAAGCCUUAGAGUAACUCAUAAUUUGGCUGUUUUUGGGGGUUGCGGCCUUGUUCUUACCAUCAUCACUGGGCUGUUUGGUAUCAAUGUUGAUGGGAUCCCUGGAGCACAGAAUACACCAUAUGCAUUUGGUUUGUUUACAGCCAUCCUUACCUUCAUAGGAAUUGUGCUGAUUGUGAUCGGCUUGCUUUAUCUUGGAUUAAAAAAACCCGUGAGUGAAGAGAAGGUGCAAGUUAGGAUUCUAGAGCUACAAGAGUUGGUCAAAAUGUUCCAACAUGAGGCAGAAGCUCACGCCCAGGUUCGUAAAAGUACUAAUCGAAAUAACUUGACUCCAACCGCUGGAGAUGCAUUCCUUAAUGAUGCAGAUUAUGUGCUCAUCCCAUAAGACAAAACGACCUCUCAAGCUAUAUAAUGUGUACCACUUGUUAGCAUCUGAAUUGCAGUCCAAGGGGAUAAAUUUUGUAGCACAGAUGUAUGAUUAAAUCCACUAAGUAAUUAUUUUCAUAUGCUUUA